CGCGGGGUCGGGCCGGGAGCGCUGCCAAGGCUCUCCGCCCUCGCCUCGCUCCGCCGCCGCUGCAGCGAUCGCUGCCCCGCGCUCGGCCAGCAUGGAGGUGCAGCUGGGGGUCGGUCGCGUCUACCCGCGACCGGCGGGCAGGACCUUCCGCGGGGCUUUUCAGAGCUUCUUCCAGAGCGUCUGCGACGCUUUCCAGCCGCCGCGAGAGGAGCCGGGUGCCGGGCAGCCGCCGGCGAGCGCGCCCUGCCCGCCGAGUCCGCGGCCGCCGCCGGACUCCCCCGCCUGCCUGCCGCCCCCGCCGGGCUGCCUGCCGCCCCCCGAGCCCCGUGCUGCCGGUAAGGCGCUGCCGGCCGCCGGCCCCGCCAUGGGCUCGUCCUUCCCCUGCGCCGGAGAGCUGAGGGAGCUGCUGGGCGAGGCGGGUGCGAUGCCGCUGCUGCCGCCGCCGCCGCCGCCGCCCGAGACCGAGCCGGCGGAUAAGGAAGACCCGCUGGGCGACAGUGCCCGGCAGCUGUGCCGCGCCGUGUCCGCCUCCAUGGGGCUGGCGCUGGAGGCGCUGGAGACUCCGGCCGAGCCGCUGCCCCGUGAGGACUGCAUGUUCGCCGUGCCCGCCGGGCCGCCCCGCGCCCCGCGCCCGCCCACCCGCGACCCCUCGCCCGCCUUCGAGGCCACCGUGGCCGCCGAGCCGCCCGCCGGGCCGGGGCUGCCCCGCGGCUUCAGCCGCGUCAAGCUGGAGAGCGCGGCGGGGCCGGCCGCGGGCGGCGGCUGGGGCGGCCCGUGUCGCUUCGGGGCCGAGCUGGUCCCGCCGGGCCCCGCGCCCCCCUGGCCCACCUUCUUCGCCGAGGAGGGGCAGCUCUACGGGCCGUGCCCCGAGCCGCCCGCCGGGCCUGCCGACUGCCCUGGCGAUGCCUGGUACCCACCGGGCCGGGCGCCUUUCGCCGCCCCUGCCCCCGGCAUCAAGAGCGAGCUGGAGCCCUGGGUCGAGGGCUACGCCGGCGCUUACGGCGACCUCCGGUUGGAGACUGGCCGUGACCAUGUCCUGCCCAUUGAUUAUUACUUCCCACCUCAGAAGACCUGUCUGAUCUGUGGAGAUGAGGCAUCUGGGUGCCAUUAUGGAGCCCUCACCUGUGGGAGCUGCAAAGUGUUCUUCAAACGGGCAGCUGAAGGCAAACAGAAGUACCUGUGUGCCAGCCGGAACGACUGCACCAUCGACAAGUUCCGAAGGAAAAACUGCCCCUCCUGCCGCCUGCGCAAGUGCUACGAGGCCGGGAUGACGCUGGGAGCCCGCAAGCUGAAGAAGCUGGGUAACCUGAAGGCACAGGACGACAUGGAGGGAGCCAGCUCAUCCAGCCCCACGGAGGAACAAGCUCCCAAGCUGGUGAUGACACGUAUUGACGGCUAUGAGUGCCAGCCCAUCUUCCUCAACGUCCUGGAGGCCAUCGAGCCCGGUGUGGUGUGUGCUGGCCACGACAACAGCCAGCCUGACUCCUUCUCCAACCUGCUGACCAGCCUCAAUGAGCUGGGGGAGCGGCAGCUGGUCUACGUGGUCAAAUGGGCAAAGGCCCUGCCAGGAUUUCGCAACCUGCAUGUGGAUGACCAGAUGUCAAUAAUCCAGUACUCUUGGAUGGGGCUGAUGGUGUUUGCUAUGGGCUGGAGAUCCUUCACCAAUGUCAAUUCCAGGAUGCUCUACUUCGCUCCAGACCUGGUCUUCAAUGAGUACCGCAUGCACAAAUCCAGGAUGUACAGCCAGUGCAUCAGGAUGCGGCACCUCUCCCAGGAAUUCGGGUGGCUUCAGAUCACACCCCAGGAGUUCCUCUGUAUGAAGGCUCUCCUCUUCUUCAGUAUUAUUCCAGUGGAUGGCCUGAAGAACCAGAAGCUCUUUGAUGAGCUCCGCAUGAAUUACAUUAAGGAACUUGACCGUAUCAUUGCCUGCAAGAGGAAGAACCCCACCUCCUGCUCCCGGAGGUUUUACCAGCUCACCAAGGUCCUGGACUCCGUGCAUCCGAUUGCCAAGGACCUGCAUCAGUUUACAUUUGAUCUCCUAAUCAAGGCACACAUGGUGAGCGUGGACUACCCGGAAAUGAUGGCCGAGAUCAUCUCUGUGCAGGUUCCCAAGAUCCUGUCUGGAAAAGUCAAGCCUAUCUACUUCCACGCACAGUGAUCUGUCAGAGGGACCCCCGUGCUGCCGCCCCCAUUCCAGCCAUCUCCUGCCUGUUACUUCUGCACUACUGUCCUGCAGUGCCUUGGGGAAUCCCUCUGCAGCGGUGGCCAAGGGGAUGGGCAGAGACAGACCUGCUGGGAUUCCUGAGAUUAUUAUUUUCCUGAGGUACCUCUGAACUGAACCCCUGGCGCUGGCCUCUGCCUGGCUCCAGCUGCUCACAGUGCUGGACAGGGACUGGCAGGGCAGUGGCACCACGUCCGAGUGUUCUCUUCUGUUUGUCACUGUGACUCCAGCAGCCCAGAGCCUCGGGGCAGCAGGAGGAGUGCCAGCAGUUGGUGGGUUUGGGGUGAUUUUUAUAAAAAGAACUCAGCACAAAGCAGGUUGCAGCUCCACAUUUGGCUGUGGGUUAUUUGUCAGCCUCCUUCCGGAUGUUUUGUUUGCGUUACGGUGCUGGGAAGCAGAUGAGUUCAAACAUUGCAGAAGAGAGGCAGAGCAGAGCUGGGGGACAAGACAAAUUUGUGGCUGAGGAGUUCAUGGGCUCUGCAUCCACUGUGGGAUCUGCUGUGGUCAGCUCGGCCCUGGGACCUGCCUGUGCUGCCGAGAUGUGAGGAUGGAGUGGACAGGCUGCAGAGGAAGAUCACCCUGGAACUCCCCCACCGGCAGCUGGCUCCUGUUUUCCACCUGGAAUGUUUUUCCUAUGGCCUGUCCAGCUGGAUCUCGGUCUGCCCUGCAGACCCUGGAUGCUCAGCAGUCACAUUCCUGUCCUGGCCAGCUGCUGCUCCCUGACAAAGCCACCUCUGAAAGUGCCUGAUGCCCUCGGACCUCACACCUGCCUGGCUCCCCUGGGCACCUGCAGCCCCUGCCCCCACACCUGCUCUGCUCCUGUCGUGGCUCUGCAGACCUGGGAUUCCAGCUAUGCUCUUUCCCUUCAUUUGUCCCAAAUAUUUUAUUUUUUCCAGUGCCAGCAGAUGAGUGUUCUGGAGCCAAGACCAAGGCCAGGGUCUACGAGACCUGUGGGACCAUGGGACUCCUCUGAACCCUGUCUGUGGGGAGGUGGCUGUGGGAGCUGGCUGGUGCCACCACAGCGUUUUGGGGGGCUGGAAGGGAAGCACCAAGAGACCCCCUGCUCUUGGAAGCAGCACUCAGCUCCUGCUGCUGGCAGUGGCAGAUGGCAGCCCAGGAGGACACCAUCAUGCACUCACUGUCCCAUGUGCACGGUCCUGUAUGCACCACAGCACCCAUAAACACCAUCCCACACAUACCAUCCCUUAAACACCACCCACACCCCAUCCCACACACCCCACACACACAUCCCACACACACCACCCCAUGUGCAUCACCCCACACACCCAGCCUGUCCCCAGCACACACACAGCAGCCAAGCCUACCUGCCCUGCAGUAUUUUAGUUCCCCUCUUCCUGCACAUCCUGAGUACAUCAAAACCAGACCCAGACAGGCUGUCAGUGACUCUGUGGGUCACACAUCCCAUCGUGGGCUGUGACAUGGUCUGGCAUUACCAACCAGACAUCUACAAGGGAUCCUUGUGCUGGCAUAGACAAACAGCAAACUCUGCACCCUCCCAGGGCAGUGAGCCCACCCUGUGUGCCCACCCUGUGUGCCCACCCUGUGCCCUGCUCUCCAGGGAAUUCCAUCAUGGUGCAGCUGCUUCUUUACACACUUGGAGUAAAACAAAAUUUCCCUGAUACUUUCCAACCUUUUGAUGGGAUUUUCAUUGUAUGAAGGAGUGGAGGAAAAGCCCCUGUUGAAGGGGAGGAUCUUUCUUUGCAAUGGUUUUCCUUCCUGUGCUCAGUGUGGCUCUGAUCCUGCUCCUCCUGCAAUCCUCUCCUGUGGGGAGCAGCAGAAUCCAUAGGUGAACUUUCUGGCUGGCAGCUGGUGGGUUACUGCUCUUAGGGUGUCCCCCAUGCCAGGGGGCUGCUGGCAUUUCCAGUGCUGGUGUGAGCUGCAGAUAUUUGCAAAUGAACCGGUGAAAAAUUCCAGCUGGUACAUCCCUGUCUUCUGGAAAGUUCCCUGGUUCUUCACUGCAGAGAGCAGAUGAGUGGUGAUCCCCAGUCCCCAUUACCAGCUCAGCAUGGCUCCAAACAGUUGGAACAGCAAUUUGGGGGAGCUUUGUGCUUCACACAGGCUCAUGUCAAUGAAGGUUUUGUUGGUUAAUGAGUGUGGCAGUGUCCUGCUGGGUGUUCAUCUGCUGGGAGACUGGAAAGAGGCCAAACCUAAUGGGGUUCUCCCUGCUUCUCAUGGGAAUGAGGAGUGGGGGAGCAGGGGCACACUCUGCCCGGGUAUCACCUGCCCUGGGUGUGUCCCCUGGUGUGAAGCUGCUCUGGACAGCGAGGUCUGAGCACGGCAGGGGCUCACAGGGAGCACCCCCAGCCCAGGACAGAGGGGCAGGCAGGGGCAGGCAGGUCAUGUUCUCUGUCUCUUCAGUAUCACAGCAAACUUCUGCAACUUGUUCAUUCAAAAGUUGUGUUUCUACAGUAGAAUUACCAGGAAAUGUGGGAGCCAGGACUUGCAGCACCUGUGUAUUUGCUGGUGGAAUUAAUGCUGUUUUCAUGUGGAUUUUCAUGAGCUGCUGCAGGAACUGGGGAAGAAGAGGCUUUAAGAAAUACCAAAGUCCAACUCCUGCCAUUUAUCUUUAUGCUUUUUUUUUCUUCUGCAUUUUCUUGUUUACUUUUGCUUUAAUAAAGCAAAGAGAAUUUCACCGUGUUCACAGUCCCAAAGAAGCUGUCCCUGAGGCUCUCCUGGGGCUGGCUGAGCCUGGAGUGGGGAUCCUCUGGGUGUCACAGCUGAGAGCCAAACAUCUCCAUGUUCCCUGUGGAUUCCCUGGCUCUGCUCUGGCUCAUCUCAGAGGUGUGGGGGUUUCUGAGCUGGCUCAGCCUGGGUCAUGGCUCAACCCAAGGCAGCAGAUGGAGAUGCAGACAUUGGCAUCUUCCUGGCAGCAAUGUUUGUGCAUGGAUGGGCACCAUUCCAUAACAGAGGGUGUGGGAUGAAGGAUGCUGCCUUUAGUGAGGGCAGGAAGGACAAUUCCUCAGCCCUGUGUUGUGCCAGAAGCAGUGACACAGCUCAUGGUGCAAUGGCAGGCAGCAUUCCCAGGGCAGGGAUCACCAACCUGUGCCCACCUGAGCCUGACCAGCUCCUGCCAGCACCCCCUGCCUCAGCAGGAGCAAGAGCCAGGAGAGAGCUCUGUGCCUGGAGGGGCUGUGCUUGAGUCUGGAGAGCUGGCAGCAUCCACGUGCCACUGCCAUAGUGUCCAAGAGCCCCUUUGUGCUUGGCUCAGGGAGCAGGGUGCUGGGUGAGGGAGGUGAAGCUGGGGCAGGACCCUCCCUGCAGUCCUUGCUCUGGGCUGUGGGGUUGUCUCUGUGGUCUGUAGGGAAUGCUGAGGGGUACCUGAGGUGUCACCUGCCUCCCAGCCAGCCUGAGAGCUGCUGCCCUCACUGUCACCUGCCAACACCUGCCUGUCCUGCAGUCCUCCUGGUGUCCCUCCCAUUGCUGAGCUCUUGCCCUGGAUGUUUCAAUAACAUAAUGUAUGCUAAAAUUAUCUAUCUCUAUAUAAAAUAAAGGCAUGGCCCAUUUUCUAUUGCUAAAGAUAUCUAUUUAGUGACAUGCUCUAAGAGUCCUCUCUGGUUGCACACAGAGGUACUGGAUGCUCUGCAGGGGAUGAGUCAGAACGUGCCAAUUUAAUGGAGACUUUUAAUUAUUUUUCUGGCUGGGUGCUGCCCAGUUUGCAAAGGUUCCCCUUUUGUGGCAUGCACAGAGCACACACUGGGAUAAGCUGGGGUCAGUAUCAGCUUCUCCAGCUUGUCCUGUGUCUUGUUGAGGUUAGACAGGGACAGUGUUUGCAUUUGGAGAAUAAUGGGGUGUCUCUUGUUUCUUCCCUCUUUGACUUGCACAAAGUGUCCUCACAUUUGGGCAGAAUGCUGGGAUUACAGAGAGGGUCUGUGUUUGCAGGCUCAGGGCUGGCUGUGGCCAGGCAGGGUGUCCUAGCCCCUUUGGGUGGGUCAGAGCCUCCCCUGCCCACUGGCACCUGCUCCCUGUGCUCAUUCCCUUCAGCAGCAGGGGGACACUGUGCUUGUGACUCACAGAGCAAAUCUCUGCACCCACAUAAGCCCUUAGCAAGUGGAUAAAAGCUGCUCUCUGUGCCGGAUAUUUGGUGUUCUGUGGCAAUUUUAUGCUGUUUCUCUUUGUUAACAUGUCUCUGUAAUAAUAAGAGUUCUCUAUUUGAUAUAUUUUACUUUCUUUGUAAUAAGCCAAAAAGCUCAUUGCUGGUGCCUUUUUGCCUGGGGAGGGCCUCCCAGCCCACAGCUGUGUUUCUGGGAGUAACAAAGGCCAGUGUCUGCAAUUGCUCCUUCCACCAGAGCUGAGAGAAAGAGAGAAGCCAAUGCCACAGCAUUGCCAGAAGAAAAAGAGCCAGCAGCCUUGGAAUGGCAGAGAGACUUUGGGGUCUCUCUGGUUCUGUUCUGGGGCCUGGCUCCAAGGAGAGGGCUGAGCAUGAUGCUGGGGGUGCCCAUUUUGGUGGGGUUGUGACCAUGGGGACCCCACAGCCGUGUGAUGCAGGUGCAGCACACACAGCCUGCUCUGGCCCCCUUUGGAAUCGCAGUGCUUUGCCCAAAUUACAGCAUUACCUGAGGGUAAAUUCUCCCAGAGAAGGAAUUAGGUGGAUUGCUGACACAGCUAUUUUCUUGGUUUUGUGGUUUUUUAAAUUGGAACUGAAUGCAUUGGAUAAGGAAGAGAGAGCCCCAGAGUGUUCUGGUGCCAGAUGCUGCUGGGGCCAGUGGGGUGCAGUGCAGGAUGCCCUGGGGACAACUGCAACUCCCAAGUCCCCUGUGGGACUGAAGAAUGUUUAUUUGUGUAACCAAAGAGAGGGGUCUGCCUGGCACCCAGGUAAAGAAACCAAUCCCACCGUGCUGGGGGUAAAUGAAAAUUCUCAUUUCUCUUUCAGCCCUGCCUGGGGCCCAUGCAAGCCCCCAGCCAUGCCACGGGGUGGCCCUUCACGCUUGCUGUUCAGUUCUUUUUGUAACCUGAAAAUCUGCUGUUGUUCUGAGUCCAAUAAAUGCAGAAUCUGGUUUGCUGGAGCUCUACCCUCUGCCUGCAUUUGGCUUUUGUGUCAAUUUUUGUGCAUGAAAUUGCUGUGGAUGUGAUGGCUGCCAGCAAGCAAAGGCACUGGGAAUCCAUGGGUCAUUUACCAGUAGAUGAGGCUGUUCAUUGGAUCAUUGUAGAUCAUUUUCUUUCACAGUCAGAACUCAUAUUUAAAUUAAUCACCUCUGAACUCAUAAUUAAAUUACAUAUCAAUUGGCUAAUCCUUUCAUAUAUUCCUUUUUGGGUCUUUUAAAUUGAAUUUCAGUUGAUUAAUGUAUUUCUCAAAGCAAGGAGCUAAUAAAGGCCAGUGUCCUCCUGCUCUUGUCA